AUGGCCGGAAUCAAUCCUCAUGUGCCUCUGCAUCUGGCUCAGGAAGCUAUCUUCACUGGGAAGGGUUUCAGAAAUGCCGAGGACUAUGCUCGCUACCUCAUUAAGUUCCAAGAUCGUCCCCUGUGUCCUUCUAUCUCACUAGAUCCAGCUCGCUUCAAUCGCUAUGAUAUGAACAUCCCUGGGCUGAUCAAUGCUGUUGGCUGGUCAAAUCUGCCGCUGGAUCAGUGCUACAGCUUUCGUCCAGAAGCUGUACGAAUGUUCUAUGCAAACAUGCAGCCCUGCUUCAACACUGAUCCUCCCACUUUCACCACUAUGGUGUACAAUUACUUGAUCACUAUCUCGGUCGACAUUCUGUCUUACCUUCUCGGGUAUCCUAUUGCUGGUACUGAAGUUUUGGAUGAAGGAGACUUCCAGCAAGUUGGUUUCAAUGAAGUUGAAGCCAUUCGUCUGUACACAAGAGAUACGGGUGAAUAUUAUUCCUCUCAGCUUGCCACUGGACGUCUCCCCGAUGAUCUCAAAGUGCUCCAUUUCUUUAUCACUAGGGUCUUCCUUCCUCGCUCUCAUGGACUCAAUCGAAUCUAUCCUAUGGAUAUGUGGAUUCUGGCUAGUGCAAAAGAAAAUCGCCCCAUUAGCUAUCCCCAUCUCAUGUUCAAUCAUAUGCUUCAUUACUGUGAUGACAAUUUCAAUGAGGAACUACCCUUUGCUCCUCAAAUUACUCUACUGCUGCGCGGCUUAGGUAUUGAUCUUCGUUACAAAGUGGCUCGGGUCGAUCUGAUUGAUACUCUUUGUGCUCAGUUUGUUCUUCGCAAGGUGAAUGCCUUUGUUGGACGAAGGCGUCCUCGAGUCAAUGCUUCAGGGGGAGAAGAGACUGUAGUUCCUGCAGCAGCACCCUUAGUGGAUGAAGCUGUUCCUGAGGAACCAGUAGCGGCUGAAAAUCUUGAAGAUGGACUCAGCACUGCAGAACUGGAUGAAGAAGGUGUAGGAGGAGAUGAAGGGGAAAUCUCUGACUAUCUGUCCUCCCCAUCGUUUCAGUUCUAA